UUCACCUGUGUGAGGGAAAACAAGUACAGACAGCAAGACGGACAUAGGUUUUCACAGAUGUUGUGUUGAGUUUGUUAUUAGCGAUAGUUUAUUUUAAGUCAGUUUUAAGUAUAUUAUUAGCCUAGUUUUAAAAAGAGCGUAUUCCGAAAAUGCGCUUAUUUGUGAUCCUUAUCAUCCUUAUGGUGGUAACAGGCUUCUCCACGGGGGUCAAUGUUGUCUGCCCAGUGAAACGCUAUGUGGUCAUGCUGUUCCAGCCAGUCACUCUUAGAUGCAAUUUCACAACCACAGCCACAGUGCCUCCUAUUGUCACCUGGAAGUACAAGUCCUUCUGCAGAGAUCCAAUCCAAGCUGCCCUAAACCCAGGCAGUGCGGAAAAUGCCAUUGCCCAGGCCAACCCCAACUACAACCCCAACAUUGAAUGCUCAGACCAAUCAAGGACUGUACGUAUUGUGGCUUCUAAGCAGAAUUCGGUCACGCUGGGAACAGAAUACCAGGGCCGCAAGAUCAGCAUCAUUAAUAAUGCCGACCUCAAUAUUGCUCAGACUGAAUUGGGUGAUAGUGGUGUGUAUGUCUGCAUUGUUGUUCCACCCCAGGACCUCUCAGGAGCUGGCGAGGACUAUACAGAGCUCAUUGUUUUGGAGUAAAAAUUGAAGACCUGAAGAUCUGAAGACCUACCUUUUCCUGAAGCAUUUAAUCGAGCUCUUAUUUUUCCCUGCUUUUAUGUAUUGUUAUAUGUUUAUAAAAAAAAAAAACCCAACAACUCAGUUUUAGGCUAAUUGUAUUCCAAGUCUGUAACCUAUUGAACCAGUGUUAAUAUAUUAAUUGAUAGAAGCACUUUUGUACGUCGCUCUGGAUAAGAUCACUCCAAUCAGCCUAGAAGCAUGUCUUUGAACCAGCAAGCACGGGGAGAACAUGCAAACACCACACAGCAGGAGCAAGACUCGAACCCAGGAUGCUGGAGGUGUGAGACAAAUGUGCUAACUAAGCCACCGUGCCACCGCAAAUUACAUUUUAGCUUAGGAAAUCUGAUCUGAUAUUCUUUUUCACCACCAGAAAACCUCCUGUACAUCACAGGCUGUCUUCCCAAUAUUGUUAUUCUCACAGUCUAGUUUCCUAUCACAAAUGGUGAAAAUGCAUGAGUUACAUUUGGCCAAUGCUGUUUCUCACAAUAGUAGCUGGAAGCCGAUAAAAUACGCUUAAAAAAUGAAAGCUUGACGUCUUGUGUGGUUUAGAUCAAUACAUACAGAGCAAUUCUUGUAAAAAUCAUAAAAAUAGUGAAUAAUGUAGUAAUUGUGUUAAAAUUACAUGUAGCAUUGGCAAUAGUGCAGUUCAACUUUAUAUCAUCACACAUAGCAAAUACAGUGGGUUAUCAAGGUUGUGCUAUAUUUAGUAUAACAUGAUUGUGUGUGUGAUAUUGCUUUUAUGUCACUAUUGUAAGAAGUAUAGUAUACUAAGAAGUGGAACACAAACGAGAAAAGUGAUAUACACAGUGUAUAUUAAAAUUAUUACAUAUAAGUUUAGAUUAGAUUUCUGAACCAGAACUAACUUCUAUAUAAAGAUUUUGUAAGAGGUUUAUACAAUUAUCAGGCAUAACUUUAUGACCACCUGCCUAAUACUGUGUUGGUCUCCUAUUUGCUGCCAAACAGCCCUGACCCAUCAAGGCACAGGCUCCACUACUGUAGAUCCCUGGAGGUGUGCUGUGGUAUCUGACACCAAGAUGUUAGCAGCAGAUCCUUUAAGUCCUGUAAGUUGCAAGGUGGGGUCUCCAUGGACUUACAGGAUACUUUUGAUAGAUACUGACCACUACAGACCAGGAACACCCCACAAGAGCUGCAGUUUUGGAGAUGCUCUGAUCCAGUUGUCUAGCCAUCACAAUUUGUCCUUUGUCAAACUCGCAAAAUCCUUAGGCUUGUCCAUUUUUCCAGUUUCUAACACAUCAAUUUUGAGGACAAAAUGUUCACAUGCUACCUAAUAUGAGGAGUUAUUCACUUCCCUUGUCAGUGCUUAUAAUGUAAUGCCUGAUCAGUGUAUGUUUAUCUGUACUCUAUGAAUGCUGAGUAUUCAGGAAAAUCAUUUAGAACUAUAAUAUUUCAGGGGGCUCAAACUCAAAAUCCAGUCCACUAGAUAUGCCAUUGUUGGUGUGUGUGAAUGUAUGUCUAUGUGUAUAUGUGACACAAAAUUCCAAUUAUAGCUGUAACUACUCUCAGA